GAGCCUCUUAGCCAUGGUUUUGCAAUCACUGCUGUUUGAUGUCAUAUUGAUUUCCUUUGGCAGGCGGAAGCGUUGUCAGUGCUCACUCCUGCUCAGGUGGCACAGCUGACACUGAGCUCAGGGGCCUUGAAUGACACAGACCAAAUCGACCACGUGUUUGAGCGACUUGAGGAGGGCAAUGCUCUGGAAAAUGUGGAUGAAUUCCUGGAAGAGCUGACAGCAAAUGGAAAGGACCCUGAUUUCCAACCUGCUGUGAGAGAUCACCUAAUGAACAGGACCUUCAGCAUCAUCGCUCCCCAUUUCCCCAAGUUCAAGACAGACGACUGGUUCGCUUGGUUCCACGUGAAGCUGGUUACUCUGCUCCCAAGUUUCAGCGCAGUGAUGCUCAAGAAUGCUACCUCAGAUAUAAACUGCACAAACUACCAUGUUGUUGUGAGCGGGAUGGCCAAAGCUUUCCCUUCAAUAUCCUCGCAGGGACAAGAAGAAAUCACAGAUGUAAUGGUGGGCUACCUGAAAAAAUCUGUCAGUGUCAUCAACACGCCAGUUUGCAGGCAGGGAAUUCAGAGUGAUGCCCAGUGGCUUGAGAAAAACUUGGGUCCAUUUUCCACACGUGCUAAAUACUCUGACCUCAAAGUAUUCAACAUCUCUGGGGUGGCAGUUGUGGAAAACCUCUCACCAAAGCAGAAAGCUGAGCUGAUCCUGGAUCCAGACAGUAACGCUUUGGAGAAUGAGAACAUCGUAAGAGAGGUGUUCACAAGCUUGACAGAGUCCCCUGAUACUGAGCAGCUCAGUCAGUUUUUCCAGGCUUACAGUGACAUCAACAAGCAGAGAAACAUCACCAUCGUGGAAAAUCCAGCUGUACGAGACAUCAUCUUGAACCUGACCUUGACAGCCCUUGCUCCUGAAUUUGAAGACUUUGGGCCUGAAGACUAUAAGCUGUGGUUCCAGGUCUAUUUGGUCACUGUGAUGGCCAGCCUCCAUCCUGGCAGCUUGGCGGUGAUCCCCAGUAACAUCAGUUGUGCAUCCUACGCAGCCAUACUCACUGGCCUCGAGCAAAGUUUGAAAAUCCUGCCACUGCUGCUUUCACGGGGUGUGAGAUCAAGCAGAGAGUCACUCAAGGAGACAUUCGCACAUUGCUCGUUUAGAGAUUCCUUCAAGUGCAAGGAGACCCUGGUCGAUGAGGACCUCGUCUGUGCUGCGGUCGACGGAUCACAACUCCAACAAACUGUGUCUAUGGGCAUUUCCUCUGAAGCCCUGUGCAAUUUUACCAUCACUGCGCACGCCUGUUCCUCGGCCACACAUCUCACAGCUGACAACUUGGCAACACUGAUGAAAUGCUCACUGGAGAGCCAGACGACAUACCCGGUAGAGGUGUGGACGCUUCUCUUCCAAAAAGCUUCGUCUGCACUAGACCAGGCUCUGGAGUCAUUUGCCACCAUGGCCCCCAACAACAGCAACCCGUCCCUGUCGCAUGCUCUCGAGGCUCUUGGACAGGUGAGAAUUGCCAGCUUCAGCCAGGCACAGCUGCAGAGCGUUAGCUUUGUCAGCAGCUGGUUCAUGACAAACAUCCGUCCGUUUUUGGCCUCUUCGUCGCCCAACUUCCUAUUCUGCCUGAGCUCCAAGAACUUCAGCUGCGAUACCUACCGCACUGUCAUCAAGGCCUUCAGCAGCCAGGCGCCAUUCAUGGACAGAGAAAGACAACAAACAGUCUUGACUUAUUUCAUCAAACCAUUCCUCUCAAGAAAUGACUCAUCAGGUAAAGGCAGGAGCUCAAGCUCAAUUUGGUAAAGUCUCGGUGGUAUGUAGUGGUAGUACCUUGCCAACGCCUUUGUUUCUAUCGUCUUUGCAGAUCCUGGCUGUGUCUCAUCCGUCAGAGGCAGUAAACAGUGGCUGGAGGCAAACUUUGGCGCCUACUCUGGUUUUGCAACACUCCGCGAUUUGCAAGCCCUCAAUCCCAACUUUUCAAGUGUGAGUGGCAACUGCAGUUGUAAUAUUCUUCCCCUCCCAAACUGGAACCUCUUAGCCAUGGUUUUGCAAUCACUGCUG